AGCACGCCGACAGUGCAUUGUUUACGCCACCUCAACUCGGGAAUGAGCUAAUCGCGUCGGAUUUUCGCUUUUUUCCACGCCGGUCUUUUGUCGCCUCUCGGUGUGCCGUUAAAAUUCGUGAUUGGCUUCGCGAUCGGCGCGUGUUUUAUCAGAAUACCCCGCGGUUCGUUCCGUGCAUUGUCUCCGAACAUGUUGCGAGUGUCUGUGUAGUUGGCUGCAUUCGAGUUUGUGACGAACAUCCCAGGACCAGGAUUUUCUCGAUCGCUAGCUGAGCUUUGGUUGGGGAGCCAUGACGGGGCAUAACGUCUCGCACUACCCGUGGGGCCCGCCGGACGUGUGCGGGCCCGGUCUGAUCCUCCCGCUGGUCGACGAGCGGCUCUGGAACCUCAAGUUCCGCGCCACCCUCUACUUCCUGGCCCUCCUCUACUGCUUCAUCGGGGUCGCCAUCGUCACUGACGUCUUCAUGUCCGCCAUCGAGAUGAUCACCAGCAAGACCCGCAAGGUCUACCUCUCCAAACUUGCCAAGGGCAAGAAGCAGAACGGGAGCUACAACGCGGUGGAGGACGGUCCGCAGCCGGAGACGAACCUGAAGGAAGACGAGCCGGAGGUGAUCGAAGUGCGGGUGUGGAACGACACGGUGGCCAACCUGACGCUCAUGGCGCUAGGGACCUCGGCACCCGAGAUCCUCAUCUCCGUCGUCGAGAUCGUCGGCCACCACUUCGAGUCCGGGAAGUUGGGGCCGGGAACCAUCGUCGGGUCCGCAGCCUUCAACCUCCUCAUCAUCACCAGCGUCUGCAUGCUCGCUCUCCCCGCCGGGGACAUCCGCAGGAUCCAGAGGUUCAAGGUGUUUUUUGUAACUCUCCUCUUCAGUUUCUUCGCGUACAUUUGGUUGCUGAUCAUUCUGCGAUUCAUCUCGCCGAAUGUUGUUGAAUUAUGGGAGGCUGCUGUGACAAUGAUCCUCUUCCCAGUUCUGACGAUUUUUGCCUUCUUUGCCGAUAAAGGUUGGUGCGGUCUGGGCAUGAUCCGCCCUGGACGCAGUAAACGGCAGCUUGAACUGGGCCCAAUGAAGGAUGAAAGAGUUGGAAGUAAAGCCCAAGAAUGUGCGAGUGAAUUUUUCAGAGAAGGAAAAUUGGACAGAGAAAAUUUAGUGAAAUUCGUCAAGGAAGUUAAAAAAUAUCCUGGCCUAACAGAUGAAGAUGCUGCUGUUUUAGCCGCUGCCAAGAUGGUGAAUGCGCAGCACCACACUGCAAUGUGGUAUCGAAUUGGAGCUGUUCGCUCCAUAUCAGGAGGCCGGCGAAUGGAACCAGUUUUAAAUGACAAAUUGAAACAGGUUUACGAAAUUAUGAACAGCCAUCCUGAAACCCCAACUGUUGGUGAAGCACCACCUCUACCAGAUUUAGAUACACACUCCGUCAUUGAAUUCCAUGCAGCGACUGUCGCAGUAAGAGAAAACAUUGGUAAAUUUAAUGUCACUCUUUGGCGUCACGGUAAUCUGGAACCCCAAGUUAGAGUGAGAGUUGAAACAAUAGAUGGAACAGCACGCCGAGGGGAAGAUUAUGUUGCUUUAAGAGAAAUUGUUACGUUUGAACCUGGAGAGAAGGAAAAACAGGUUACCGUUGAAAUCAUUGAUGAUAACAAAUGGGAGCCAAAUGAAGAAUUUUUCCUUAGACUGACUUUGAUCAAUGUUCGGAAACAGCCUAUCAAACUUGGACGAAUCUCCAUUAUGGAAGUUACAAUUAUUGACGAUGACAAGCCUGGUGUUUUGUCUUUUGCAAAAAGAGGAUUUGUUGUAAAAGAGAGCGCAGGUGUUGUUCAGAUCCCGGUACGCAGGAAUUGUGGUGCUGACGGAGAUAUCAGUGUGAAGUACAGAACCAUUGACAAAUCUGCAAUUUCUGGAAGAGACUACAAGGGAGGAGAGGGCGAAAUCACAUUCAAAAACCGAGAAGUGGAGCGAAUCUUGGAAAUUCCUAUCAUUGAUGAUAUGGACCCAGAAAAGGAUGAGUGCUUCGAAAUUGAAUUAUUCGAUCCUUCAGGAGGAGCCAGAAUUGGAAAUAUUAAUCGAGUGGCAGUUACUAUAACUAAUGAUGAUGAUUUCAACACUGUUAUGGAUAGACUGAUGGUUUUAACGAAUACAAAUCUGGAUGCCGUUCGUAUUCAUACGGAAACUUGGGGAGAGCAAAUCAAAACGGCCAUGACUGUGAACGGAGGUGACAUUCCUAACGCUACUGCAUUUGAUUAUGUCAUGCAUUUCCUGUCCUUCUUUUGGAAGGUGUUCUUUGCUCUUAUCCCUCCACCAGGCAUUUUCGGAGGAUGGUUGUGCUUCUUUGUUUCCUUAUUUGGAAUUGGUAUCUUAUCAGCUAUUAUUGGAGACUUAGCUACAAUAUUUGGAUGUCUAGUAGGACUAGAUGAUACGAUAACAGCAAUCACUGUUGUCGCUUUGUUCACGGCACUCCCUGAUCUCCUCGCCAGUAGAUUAGUGACAAUUUAUGAGAAGUUUGCUGACGGAGCUUUGAUACACAUCACAGGCAGUAUUGCUGUCAAUGUUUUGAUGGGUGUAGGCAUGCCUUGGUUUGUUGCUGCCGGCUACCAUUCAUACCACGACUCGCAAUUCAAGGUACCAGCAGGGGCUCUCGGAUUCAGUGUUCUGUUGUUCUCAAUUGCUUUUGUUCUGGCAGUGGCGCUCCUACUCAUCAGGCGUAGACUGCCUGCAUUUGGUCUGGCUGAAAUCGGUGGACCCAAGAUUGGAAGAGUUGCAUCUGUCGUAUUCUUAGUCACUCUGUGGAUUCUAUAUAUUCUCUUCACAUGUCUCCAAAUAUCUGGAGUGAUCAAAGCUGACUUUUAAGUUCUCAAAAUGUUUAUGAUCAUUAUUUAUGGUACAAAAUUGUAUCAUUUAAAACAUCAAGUUAUAAGUUGUGCUGACGUAAAUGUAUUCUGACUAAUUUUGAUUUCUGUAGCCCAUCAAUCUCUUAGGAGUAAAAUGUAAAGUCUUGAUGAAUUAAAAUCUCUUUAUCUGCCAUUAUGUUUCGGCAGAAGUACUUAGACAUGGAAGUCACUCUCCAGAAAUGAAUGAAAAUAAGGGUUAUGGUUAUAAUGACUGACUACCUGACUUAUUCAAAAUUCAUGGUUUUGAUUAAUUACAUCAAAAUCAUUCUGAACUGGGAUAAUCACUUGAAGCUCUACGCAAAUUUUUGCUAUGACAUAAAAGUCCUACUGUAAAUAAACAUUUCAAUGCACAAUUACUAAGAUUCAUUCUCUGCCAAAUGGUUUUCUUAUUUUUGUCAUCAAAUAAAUUUCAAAUUCGGAGGCAUUGUUUUAUUAUUUUUUUUUAAUUACGAAAAUUUUAUUUUCAUCUAAUCCUUCACAACUCCUCAAAUCUUUUUAAAGUGCUCCAACUAAUUUGUCACUGCCUUUUUUCUUAUUUUAGGCCCUGUCAGUUUGAUAUGAGCUACAAUCCACACUUAUCGAUGGUGAAACUACCAGACUAUGUAUAUCAUUUGCGGUGUUUAAAAACCUCCGCUCUCAUUUUACUCUCUUGUGAAGGAGAACAAACCAAUAUCAUUCCUUAAAUUUUUCCCAGAUUUUUCUUCACACAGAGAAGAAAAAUUACGAAAGUUGUCAAGAAUUGACUUUGAGUAGUUUUCUGUCAAAAAAAUAAAGUAUGACAGGAAGUCUGUGACAUCGCAAACCGAUAUACGUUGUCUGGAAGUUUCAUCAUCAGUAUGUGACUUCAUGGUUGCUUAAACCAGUUUUACGAUUAACUGAGAGUACCUAAAUAUCGAAAACAUAAAUAAUUAUAAAUUGAUACAUUCUCAUCCAAAAUUGGCCCGCCAGUAGAUGCUUUUCACCUCACUCUAAUAAACAGUGAAUAGGGAAUAGUGUAAUAAACUUAGAGCAUUUAAGCUCAUAUCUAUCCUCAAUUAAUUUAUUUGUAAAUAAAAUUAGAUUACGGAUGAAGCUAUGUAAAGAAACUAAUAUUUAUUUUGUUUAAGUUAUGAAAUUUGUUGGAGUUUUAUUUUUUUACUCUUUUGUACUUUUUUGAUACAAGUGUUUUGUAUGAAAAAUUGUGAAUAAAAACUUACCUCACAUAA